GCCAUGCCUCCUGUAUCCUCCCCCCAUGUCAGCCAUGCCCCCUGUAUCCUGGAUGGGUGACCCUGGGACCCAGGAUAACAAACCCUCCACGCACAGCCUGCACUUACUGAGUGUGAGCAUGGCCACUGACUGCCUGAGGGACUGCAAGGUGAGUGUUCCUCACUGUGAAUAUACCCUCAAUCCCCAGUCACCAGCCAUUAGCUGCAGGGCCAGCACACACAGCUCAGCUCUUGGCCUGAUUAAACCCAGGCAGGCCAGGGUGUGUAUGUGCUGUGCUAUGGCAUAUGUUGGUGCUUUAUGUAUGAAUCCUUCUUGAAAGGAAAGGUUAUGAAUAACUGAUCCAGGAUUCCAGCUGUGAUCCAAAGGCUCCUGCAGGGUUAAUGGCCGAAGCUCAGGUCAAAAAAAGCAGAAUAUGUUUCACUAAAAUCUUAACAGAAGUGAAUGAAAAUAUAAUUGGUAAAAUCAAAAAUAGCCAAGUGAAACCAUAGUAUUCUCAGAAUACACUAUUUUGGUUUAAAUUGAGUAGUUUGGGGAAUUAAAAUACUAUAGAAUACAAUAUAUAAUUUGUAGUGUAUUAGCUCUAUUUUGCCUAUAUUUUCCCGUGUAAUAUGUAUCUCCACUUUUCCCAAUGAGCUGCUGAUCAAAUACACACCAUAAAGUUACAAUAUAUCCAACGACGUAACUAUAAGGUGCCUCAAAGAUUCACUUUCUGUACUCUUUGUUUCAGUAUUGUGUACCUGUAAGAUAAAUAACACACAAUAGUAAAUAUAAUAUAGUGUCAAGGAAACACUCACAUAUCACUGAGCUAUAGAGUAUAGCUCAAGUGGUAAUAGCCUUUGGGGCUGUUAAGGCAACCCUCCCCUUCUUCUGAAGUAGGUUUUCUUUAUUCUGUCCUGUAUAUAUUUUCACAGAGUAGACCAAUAUAGUGCAAUAUUGUAGUAUAUCUAGGAUUACUUGAUAAGUGAAUACUUACAAACCAGGAGCCUGAGAUAAGGCUCAAAUAGAAUCGCAUAUGUGGUUAAGGACCACACUCCUUUAAAAUAGCAGGACAAGUAAAGUGCCGUAAGUGCAAAUAUAAAACAAUUUGUUUAUUGUAAAUAAAAAUCCAAAUAUAAAAGAAUAUAUGCAUUAAACACUUAUCCGGCAAGGUCCAAAAAAAAAAAAAAGGUAUGCUCACUGUCCCCAGGACACGUUUUGCCAGUAAAUAAUCGGCUUCCUCAGCUGGGUGAAAAAUAAGUCUCUCUCCCAUAUACAGUAUAUUUUAGCGUAAAUUUUGCACUUGCCCUGUAAUUCUCAAUUUUGUGAAUACACGCCCAGCUAUCCAUAUGAUAUAUUAAAACCGUGCAUAAGAUAUUAAAAUGAAAACGCAACCCCCUGACUAUUUGUCAUCCAUGUCCCCCCACUGUAUUUUUUUUGUCCCCUGUUUUUACCAUGAAAAUGGUCUCUGUUUUUGCCACCGUAUCUUCUUCCUAUCUAGUACCAUAGUCCGUAAAAAGGCUUUUAUACAAUCAUCCCUCCCGUCCUACCCCUCUGUGACUUGAAUUUAGCACAGGCUCACAAGUGACCAGAGUGACACAAUGGGCAGGUAAGUAUGCUGGAAAAAAUACAUUUGAUAAUUCUUGGAGCUCUCCUUAAGUUCCGCCUUUUGUCAAGCAUGGAAAAAUACGUAAGGCAAAGAGGUCCCUACUUUACCUUAUGUAUUUAAAGAAACAUAGAAGAGAAAAGAAGUAUGACACGAGAGACAGGAAGAAAAGACUCAAUUUGAGGAAAGGUAAGUACGCCAUGACAGAGCCACUUUACCAUAUUCUUAUUGUAGUGGUUAUGGUGUAAGGUGCUGCAGUUACCUAUAAAUACAGCUAUGAGCAUGUCCCUUUUUCAGUUAAAGCGUCUGAGAAGGAAGCUAUACUUCAUAGUGCAGUUAAAAAUGGUGGUUUUGUUGUACGCUCUCAGUUCAGGAGGAUCCGAAGAGAGGCUGUGCAUUGUCCCAUUCAUUUAAUUUUUUUUGAGAAUCCUUUAUAUAUUGACAUUUUAUAAAAUCAAGACAAUAAAUAUAUAUAUAUAUAUCAGUGGCGGAUCCAGAGCCUGAUCUCGGGAGGGGCACUUGUAGAUUAUUUAAAGAAAUAAUCCAGACACAAUAACUACUACAGCUCAGUGUAGUGGUUAUGGUGUCAAUAGUGCCGGGACCCCCUCCUAGAGUAAGUAGUCAAACCGUUUAAGAACAGUUUGACAACUUACCUGAGGUCUGCUGGGAAAUGGGGCGGUAGUAGGGCAUAGGAGCAGUGGUGUGUGUGAGUGGUGCAAUGUGUAAGGGGUGCAGUGUGUGUGUGUGUGAGGGGGGCAGUGUGUGAGCAGUGUGUGUGUGUGUGUGAAGGUUGUAGUGUGUGAGUAGGGGGGGCAGUGUAUGUCAGGGAUGCAGUGUAUGUGUGGGACAGUAUGUGUGUGUAACAGUUGCAGUGUGUGUGUAUGGGGCGGCAGUGUAUGUGGGCAGUGUGUGUGUAUGCGGGGCAGUAUGUGUGUAUGAGGGCAGUAUGUGUGUAUGGGGGGCAGUAUGUGUGUGUGGGGCAGUAUGGUGGGGGGCAGUAUGUGUGUGCUGGGGCAGCAUGGGGCAGUAUGUGUGUACAUGGGGGGGCAGUAUGUGUAUGGGGGGGCAAGUAUGGGGGCAGGCGUGUAUGGGGGCAUGGGGGGCAAGUGUAUAAAGGGGUAUGCAUGGGGGACAGUAUGUGUGUGUUGGGGGGGCAGUAUGUGUAUGGGGGCAGUAUGGGGCAGUAUGUGUGUACAGGGGGGGCGGGGGGGGUGGCAUGUGUAUGGGGAAAGCAUCAAGUGCAUGUGUGUAUGGGGGGGGUUAGUAUGUGUUUAUGGGGGCAGAGUGUAGGGGCUGUAUGUGUGUGUAUGAUGGGGCAGCAUGGGGCAGUAUGUGUGUAUGGGGGGGGCAUGUGUAUGGGGGGGCAGCAUGGGGGGCAGUAUGUGUGUAUGGGGGGGCAGCAUGUGUAUGGGGGGCAGUAUGUGUGUAUGGGGGCAGUAUGUGUAUGGGGGCAGUAUGUGUAUGGGGGGGCAGUAUGGGGGCUAUGUGUGUGUGUUAAGGGUAGGGGGGGGCUUUUUUAAAUAUAUAUCUUUAUUUAAUUAAAAAAAAAAAUAUGUCCCCCCUCCCUUCUUACCUUUAUUGAGGAGGAGGGGGGACAUAUUUUCAUCCCUGGUGGUCCCAGUGGGGAUUCCCUGGUGGUCCCAGUGGUUACAGUGAACUCUAGCCCGCGCUCCCGGGCUAGAGUUCACUCUCGCGAGAUUUGGAGCGUUGCCAACGCUACAAAUCUCGCGAGAGGAGGACCCGGAGGAGCUGCAGACUGAGCUCCCGGGUCCUCCCUCUCACUCCCUCCCUCCCCUGCCGGCUGUCAGCAAUGUGCCUGCGGACCGGGGAGGGAGAUCUCCGAUCUCCCCUCCGGUCCGCAGGCACAUUGCAGGGCUAGCACCUGCAUGUGCUGCUGGCAGGGGAGGGAGACCGGCGGAUUUCUCGGGGGGGGGGGCAAUUGCCCCGUUGCCCCCCCCCUGGAUCCGCCAGUGAUAUAUAUAUAUAUAUACACAAUAUAUCCCAUUGUACAGCGCUACAAAAUUUGCUGGCGCUAUACAAGUAAUAUAAUAUACUAGUACAAAAAUGUACUUUUUACACUGGUGAUGACCUGUUCUAGUUGUUAACACAGAAAGUAUACGAACAAUGUAUUGAGCAAAAGGGAAAAUAGUUUAUGCUUUAACUGUAUAAUUGAAAAAGGGACUCUGUUCCAGUCUAAAAUGCCUCUUUAAAGGGCUGUCUUGGCAUGAUAACCAUUUCAUCUCAUUGAAUUGGUUAUAAUAACUAGAUUCCUCUGCUGCUGUCCCUCCAUUCAGUAUUAAAUCAUUUUUGAGCAGUUUAACACUAAAUUGGGGUGCCUGACCACCCUGUGGCUAAGGCAGAGAUUACACGAAAAAAAAAAAAAAAGGAAACGAAUACGCCGAAAUCUUAUCACAUAAGGGAGGAGAGGGCUCCCUGGAUAUAUAUAUAUCGGUAUCUUAAGUAAUGGUGUGAUCUCUGGUGGAGACAAAUGUAACAAAAACCUAACUUGUAAGCAAAAUGGCUAUAUACAUAAAUUCCUUCGCCUUGUAAGUCUAUUCCUAUAUUAGAGGAGACAGGUCUACCACACAGUAUACAUGACUGGCUUAAUUGUUGGUAAAACGUAGGUCCAGUGUAAGGUACAUUCUUUAUGUAUAUUAGUCAGAUUUGAGCAAAGAUCACAGUAUGUGUUUUAAAUAUACAAAAUAAUCAUGCCAAUAGUAUCGAUAUUACUAGCAUGUGUUACAUUUGAUGUUAUGAUGGUAAUUGCAGGAUCGUCCCAAUAUAUUUGGAAAGAUAUUGGUCUGUCAAGUGCUGUGCUUAAUACAGAGUCAAAGGGUGUGUUAAAGGACCACUAUAGUGCCAGGAAGACACUUGUUUUGCCCCAGGGACCCCCUCCCGUCGGGCUCUGGGGAGAGGAAGGUGUUAAAAUCUUACCUUUCUCCAGCGCCGGGCGGGGAGCUCUCCUCCUCCUCUCCAGCUGAAUGCGCAUUCAGCCUGUCUCAUAGGAAAGCAUUCAUAAUGCUUUCCUAUGGACGUUGGCGUCUUCUCACUGUGAUUUUCACAGUGAGAAGCACGCAAACGCCUCUAGCGGCUGUCAAUGAGACAGCCACUAGAAGCUUUAGAGGCUGUAUUAACCUAUUUAUAAACAUAGCAGUUUCUCUGAAACUGCUAUGUUUAUUUAAAAAAAUUUUUUUUUUUAAAUUAACCCUAGCUGGACCAGGCACCCAGACCACUUCAUUAAGCUGAAGUGGUCUGGGUGCCUAUAGUGGUCCUUUAACUCAGCAUGGAUGGUCUUCGCAUAGACUGGGAAGAAGGGGAUAUAAGGAGGAAAAUUUUAAUAAUCCUCUCCCUUUAAAUCUGACUAGAUAGAAAAAUAGGAAGAAAUGCUUGCAACAGAAACUUAAAUUACUUACAAACUAGCUAUAUACAUAAACAACUUUGCCUUAGAAGGCUAUUCCGACACCUGAUGUGACAGCUCUACUUAACAGUGUACAUGACUGGCUUUAUUAAAAAUCUGCCAAUAUGGGCCUGUUAUAAGGUAGAUCUUUCUAUUUCUGUUUAAGAUGGAGAAAAAAAGUGUAUCCAGGUGGUACAAAAUAGCAAUAAUGAUAAUAGUGUCUAGGAUACUAGCACGUGUUGCAAUGGUAUUUGCAAGUUAGUCCAAUGAAAAAUAUAUGCAUAUAUCUAAUUCUGUGCUUAAUGCAAAAACAAAAAAGUAUGUAAGCUCAGCAUGUAUAGUCUUAGUAUGAAAUAACAGAAAGGGAUAUAAAGGGAUAAAAUGAUAGUAAGCCUCUCUCCCUGUAAAUCUAACUAGAUCGGAAAUAGAAAAAAAAAAAAAAAGAUUAAAUUAGCAGCAGAUCACUCAGUCGGUGUCUAGUUAAAAAUGUUUGGAUAUAGCUAAACAUGUAUAAGGUGCCCAGAUAAAGUAAUAAACACCAUGCCCAUCGUGAGAUUAGCGAUAACCUGACACACAUUUCUGUGCAUAGAAGUGUGCACCUUCAUCAGAGGAGACAUUCGAAAUGCAGUCUGUUCGCUUUAUAAAGGAGUAUCCCAUGUGGUCUCAAUUAGCAGAGCCAAUGGAUGGAACCUCCCUAUUCGGAUGAAAUUAGUCGGUCGUUGACUCCCCUGUCUCAUGGAGCCAAUUACCUUACUUAGCCAAGUAGUAUGGCAUUUUUGUGUAAAUGAAUAAAAAGUAAAUGAAGAUUACCGACACUCCAACCCAUGCCAAACUUCUCCCGGUACGAUCCCGAGACCCCACAGGCACGAUGGGCAGAAAAACUAAAAAAGCAAGACAUGACAAGCCCCGACAGGGCAUGGAUAUCGGAGAGUUAUGGAGGCAGGCACACGAUGCUGCAGGAGCCAAGAUGGCGUCCCUGCACGGCGGCUGCUCAGAUUUCACGGAUGGAUCCGCAGAGGAUGACGGGGGAGACCCCAUGGGGUCCAUGCCGACCCAGUCACCACCCAGGUGCAGCCAUUCACGAAGCCUCACACCCCUGUCACAAUGGAGGCGAUCGGAGCACUUAUGGCCGACCAUCACAAGAAAAUUGCAGAUGUAGCCCUGCUCAGAGAGGACAUUAAAGGCAUCACCAACAGGCUGGGAGCAGUAGAAGCCUCCUCCACCGGCCACACCAACCAGAUUGCCGUCCUCCAAGAAGCAAUCCGAGACCUGCAACAAAAAGCUCGGCAUCAAGAACAGCAACUCGCCGCUCAUGAAGAUAAAAAUCGUCGGAACAAUAUAAAGCUGAGGGGGGUAGCCGACACAGUUCCAGAGACCGAACUCCCACACUUCGUUAGAUUACUUACAGAGCUACUAACCCCAAAAGCAGCAAAAGCAACCGCCUUGGAAGGCAUAUUCCGCAUACCGCGUCCAGCAAAGGCCCCACCAACAAGGGACCUAAUUCUCCAAUUUCAGUCACUCAAGGAUAAAAAAGCAGUCCUAGAAACCGUUAGAGGACAGCCCACAUAUCCCUUUGAGGGAAUGACCCUCUCAUUUUACGCGGACCUGUUGGGAGGGACACUGGCAUACAGGAGACACAUGAGCCCAUUCACAGCUCUCCUGUGCCUCCAACAAAUCCGGUACCGCUGGGGACCAGGUCGCACCCUCACCAUUAAAGCAGGAGGUAACAAACACACUCUCCACGACAUGCAAGAGGCUACUGGGACGUUGAGUCUACUUGGCCUCCCCACGGACUCACUGGCACCGAUGACACGACCAGCAGGCCCAACGCGCCCACAAUUACUCAGCCGAGGCCCCGGAGUUUGUACCCCGGAGAACAACCACGGAUCCAUAUGCCACAGCCACCACUUGAAACAGGACAUACCUUGCAGGACUUGCAUGGGGAACUGUACAACACUACCAAUACCCCCUGACAGCCCGAGAGUCUGACGUGUGCACCAUGGGGGGGGGGGGGCGCCAACACUAUGACUAACAUAGUUGAACUACAUUUCAUUUUUCACCUUUUUUUUUUUUUUUUAAAUCAUUUUCUGUUACUUCUAUGGGCCUUAGCUCACAUACCUGAACAGCCAGCCUUGGUUUGAGACACCAGUCAGUUGGUCCUAUUGUAUGUCUAUACAUUAGCCAUGUAACCUCAACACACAUAACAUGAUGCCUUAAAGGAUUACUAUUAUAUUAAUUUAUGGUGGACGACACAGCUCAGGCACCUAUGUCAACAUUUUCACCCUCCACUCAUGAGCAUAUUAAACCCACUGUGACAUCUCAUGUAAGCCACCGGCACCAGAAAUCUGUCACCACACAUACUCUUGUCACGGAGGAACGCCAGGCUUGCUGCAGACUCCCCACUCAUACGCAUAGGCCCAACUUUCACAAGCAGGCUAUUAAAGCCACACAUAAGUAACUUUUAGCUAUUAAUGAAUAGCCUCUACACAUUGAAUGCCGUUUAGCGCCUACAAAAAUUAACCCACUCCAAACGCACGGUAUAUAGGCCUAGACUAUACCAUAGGGCAUGUCUACACUGGACUUUGGUCUUACAGUGGGACUACCGUGGUGAGAGCGGGAGUGGGGUGAUCCACACAUACAGGACUCUGAAUACAGCAUUAAGCCAGUCCCUUAUAUGUAUAUACAAAUUACCCAGCGUACCAUUAUUACAUCUAUAGCACCAAGACACACGUCUCCACAGUCUCAUAGAAAUGCCGCCCAGGCUAACCAUGAAUAGCUUGUCUUAAUUCUGUUGUACAGCCUAUACAUGUAUGCUCCUAUCAAGGUAUUAACUAGCCUUUACAUACCUGGCGAGCCCACAUAGUCAGACGCAUACGCAUCUACUACAGUCAGACAAGAGUACUAUGUUCCUCGAUUGUGGAUAAGCCUGUUUUACGUUUUACAUGCCCAGUGUACACCAGCUGACUUGCAUGCCUACCUUACCUUUACUGUUAUAUUCAUGAAUGUUAACCUCAUAAUUUGCCUAGCCUGAACUAAAUCACGACAAGUUAUGUUUAAGUUUGAAUCCACGUUCUCUUCACAUGACUAUGCCUAGUGUUGGCUAAUGUAUGCACAACCUACUAUUUACCUUGUUUCUGAUAUACCAUAAAAUAGGGCAAUGUUUUGCUUUGUAUCGUAGUCAGCAUUGGGUAGGCUCGCUCUCGCAUAAUCAGUUACAUCGGAAAGGUAACAUUUGCUUCAUAGCAUCUUAAUCCAUCUUGUUAAAAACAGGAUUCUAUUAAGCGACUCACAAAACGGAACCAGCUACACUAGUUAGCUGGUAGAGUUACCAUUACACUAGACAGAGCAUCUUAAUUUUAUUCCAUAAGCAGAAAGUUAAGCAACAUUAUUUCAUUUCAUUUCAUUUUAUAUUAUGUUAUGAAUAUGCCUAAGUAAUGACGAUCGAUACCGCAUAACUCAACCUUAUAAAAAUGUGCAAGAGCAACCCUGUACCUCUAUGUUUAAAUGUUUUAUAGUGCGCUGAAGGAUUGCCUUUGGGGUACCUCACAAGCGAUUGUACUAAGCUUAUCCACUACAAAAAAAAAGAAUUAAAAAAAUAAAUAAAUAAAGUAAAUGAAAAAAAUUCAAAGGAUGUAUCCAAGUUAUUGAAAACAUUAGUUGUCGGAAUUCAGAGUUCCGACUUAGAGGAAAUGAAAGGCUACCUAUAAAUGUGAUCAGUAACAGUAAUAACAAGUCUUAAUUUACGACUAAGGAUUGAUCUAGGACAAUAUGAUUCAUUGUAAAUGUAUCGGUAGAAACAUCACUAUUAUGAGUCCAUCAAGACUGGUUAAGCCGAUCAAAUGAUAUAAUCUCCCAUGGGUAUAGCAAUAAAAUUUCAAAAUGUGUUUAAAACUUUAAAUUAAUAUAUUGGGAAAUCCAUUUCAGUGUUUGACAUUUAUGUUAAAGCCGAUUUCCUUAUUUAUUUGCUUAUAUAUUGCAAAGAUUCACAGGGGUUCACAUGAAUAACAAAUGCAAGGCACAUCAAUCCAUCUCCAGUUCAUCGCUUGAUAGUUUAAGCUGUGGAAUCCCAUAUUAAUAGCCAGGGUAGAUUUACUUAAUAUAGAUACCAUUUGCAAAGUGUUAUUAAUCAAUCCCUGACAAGUCACUUCAUGGAUUCAAUUAUUUAGAUUAUUUAUUAGGAAUUAAGGUUAAUUUCCUUUAUGUAUAAUGUUAUAUCAUAAUGUCUGUUGUAAAUUCAUGGAGGUUAGUGUGGAUAGCUUGUGCAAGGCAUGUUAAUCAAUCUAUGAAACACCGCCUGAUGGAUUUAGUAAUGAAAUUCUUCUGACUAUAGAUUAUUACCGGUUUGUGAAUAAUUAUUAACUCCCUCUGAUGGAUUGAUUUAUUAUACUGCAUCCUUAAAGUGGUAUAGUAGCAUUUUAAGUAAGAAGUAUUGGAUGUGAGGGAGGAUAUGGGACAUGUGUCUAGGGAAGUAAAUGUGGUUAGAAUAAAAUAAAAUUGGGUCAUAGAGUUAUGUAAUGUUACCAUAAUGUCUAAUGUAUGUGCACACCAAAAGAUACUGGUGUAAAAUGUAUACAGUGCUUGAGUUAUGAAAAAUAUAUAUUUAUGUACAGAUUAUUGAUCAGAAAUGAAAAAAGUAUAAGAGAAUCCUUCAUUUAGGCCCAAUGGAGAUAGCAUUUUUAGUUGGUAUAUCCUGAAGCUCUCUCUCUGUAAGAGCUUUUUGUCAAUAUCACCUUUCCUGGGUCCCAAUGUCCAUUUUUCGAUGCCGCUGAAUCCCAGUCCUUCCAAGGGACCCUUGUGUUUUAAUUUAAGAUGUCUAGAGAUUGGGGUGUCGGUAAGCCUGGAGGGAUUGACUGAGUUGACAUGUUCCAGUAUGCGCUUUUUAAAGGCACGACAAAUUUUACCUACAUAAAGUUUUUGACAACUACAAGUCAGGAGAUAAGGCAGAGAUUACACACUUCACUCUACCCAUACCGGUUCAUACUAGCAAUGGGCCCUGUGAUAGGUUGAAAGCAGUCAGCUGAAACUCUCAGCCAAUCACAGCCAUCCAUUCUUGCUCAGGCCAAUGCUUCCUCUUUAAAGGACCACUCUAGGCACCCAGACCACUUCAGCUUAAUGAAGUCUGGGUGCCAGGUCCAGCUAGGGUUAACCCAUUUUUUUAUAAACAUAGCAGUUUCAGAAAAACUGCUAUGUUUAUGAAUGGGUUAAGCCUUUUCCCAUUCCCUCUAGCGGCUGUCUCAUUGACAGCCGCUAGAGGCGCUUCCGUGCUUCUCACUGUGAUUUUUCACAGUGAGAGCACGCCGGCAUCCAUAGGAAAGCAUUGAUAAUGCUCUUGCCGCGCGUGCGCAUUCAGCCGACGGGGAGGAGAGAAGGAGGAUCGGAGGAGGAGAGCUCCCCACCCAGCUCUGGAAAAAGGUAAGUUUUAACCCCUUUCAGAGCCGGACGGGAGGGGGAACCUGAGGGUGGGGGCACCCUCAGGGCACUAUAGUGGUCCUUUAAACCACCCGGCACAGAGGGGACGGGCUGCUGGGGACUUGUUCAUUAUGAAAACGGUUUAAUACUGAAUGGAAGAACGGCACCAGAGGACACCACACAAUAUAACUACAUCAGUGAGAGGAAGCAGUUACAGUUUUACCAUGUCCCUUUUAAUCUGUUUAAUUAAGAUAAUAUUUAAUCCAAGCAGCUUGAAUUCUGUGUGAUCACAGGUAAAUGAUUAAUUAUCCAAAAUUUUAGUUUAGUAAUGUUUAAUCCUGGCGGCUGACAAUCAGAAUUAAAUGAGAUGAGUGGCAGUUAAUUUUAUGUUAAUGCAAAGUACCGGUAACUCCCAAUUUGCUUCUAGGUGAAAGUAUGUGUAAUUCCUACAUAUUUCAACAUCUUCACCACAAAACAGGCCCGUUGAGGGAAAUGUAAUACAUCUGGCACUGUUACGGCUUUGCCAGUCAGUGCAAAUUACUGUAUAAUUAGCGUGUGUGUGUCUGCUGAAUAAUGUGACGUCCCCCCCCUGAUACCAGCACUGUGUGUUUUUCCUGAUAAUGUAACCCCCCGAUACCAGCACUGUGUGUGUCUCCUGAUAAUGUAACCCCCCUGAUACCAGCACUGUGUGUGUCUCCUGAUAAUGUAACCCCCCUGAUACCAGCACUGUGUGUGUCUCCUGAUAAUGUAACCCCCCAUACCAGCACUGUGUGUGUCUCCUGAUAAUGUAACCCCCAUACCAGCUCUGUGUGUGUCUCCUGAUAAUGUAACCCCCCCAUACCAGCUCUGUGUGUGUCUCCUGAUAAUGUAACCCCCCAUACCACUGUGUGUGUCUGCUGAUAAUGUGCCCCAUACCAGCACUGUGUGUGUCUGCUAAUAAUGUAACCCCCUCAUACCAGCACUGUGUGUGUGUCUCCUGAUAAUGUAACCCCCUCGUAUACCAGCACUGUGUGUGUUCGCUGGAUAAUGUAACCCCCUCAAAACCAGCACUGUGUGUGCUCUCCUGAUAAUGUGACCCCCCCCAUACCAGCUCUCUGUGUGUCUCCUGAUAAUGUGAUACCAGCUCUGUGUGUGUCUCCUGAUAAUGUAACCCCCCAUACCAGCUCUGUGUGUGUCUGCUGAUAAUGUGCCCCCCCAUAUCAGCACAUUGAAAAUGUGUCCUUCAAUACUAGAAGUGUGUAUAUUCUCCCCCCACCCCAUCAGUUAAUACCAUUAUUGUCUUGUUUUGGUUUAAUAGGCUGCUGUCUAAUGUUAUUAUUUAUAUGAUGGCAGCAAAUUUCAUACCACACCACCUAUAAAUGUAUGAGAUACUUUGCAUAAACAACUUUUUUUCUCUCUCAAAUCUUUGUUAAUACAAAAGAUUCAGAGAGGGUGAAGGCUGGGGGUGUUAUUUGAGUAUUACAAGGUCUGUCUUAAAAGAGGUAAAAUAAAACUCUCAGUUUAGCGGUUAGCCCCAUUAUAUCCGUGAAGCUGCGGAAUGCCAGUUUGCAUGGCCAGUCCUACAGCUGAUCCCUGACAGUGCAAAGCUUAAAAUCAGACAUUCUAUCACAGUUAAAGAGCUCAUCGGCUGACAGCCUUUCCUUUUAUUUUAUUUUUUCCUCAUCUUAUUUUAAAAGAAACUGUUACGAUUAUAAAUACAGUAAGACAAUAAACAUAAACCACUUUGACAUACAAUUACACCGUUACAUACAUUGUUAUUGAGAAGAAGAGUAUAAUGGCUAACAGUCUAUCUAUACUUGUUGAAUAUUGAAUUUAUACUUUGAGUUGCCCUUAAUUAGUAGUCAAAGCUCUAAGAUAACGAUCUUUAUGCUAAUGAGUGCCAGGUUGUUCUGUUUAACGCAUUGUUCCUUGUUAUUCUCUUGUAGGCCUGGGAUGAUGCUGGCCUGUCACUUUCCACAACAAGCAAUGAAGCUUGCAAGCUGUACGAUGCCAGUUUGAUUCAGGUAUACUAUCAUGUAAUACGUCAAUGUUUCUUAGUCACAAAAGGAGUGCACUACAAAUGUAACUCCAUUACUUUCACUGAAUAUACAUGCUAUUAGAAUUUCUCUGUGUGUUUCAGUUUUUAAUCUCCAUCUAAUUUAUUUUAUAUUGUGUCAGAUCCAGGCAAUUUGUACGCUUCUUCUUUACAAAUACAUAAAGAUUAUUUUAACAUUGGAUUGGACAUAUUAUGAUCUUUCUUAAACCCAAGCCUCCAAUUUCAACAAUUAGCUCUUGAAAUAUUGGUGGACAGCUUAUGGUAGUUCCAGAAACACAGCUGGGGUCACAUUUUAGAAAUUGUAGACUUAAAAAAAAAAAAGCUUAACAACUACGGUUGAACAUUCUUGCAUAGCAUAAGAGAAAACCGCCUUUAAAUAAUCACCCCAUCUUUGUGUUUACCAAGGGUCUUGUAUACAAUUAUUAGUUUUGUAUUACAUAACGUGCCUCAUAAUUGUAGCAAAGUAGAAAAUUGGGGGGAGUAAACAUCUAUUCAAGAGGCGGGGGAAUGAUUUCCGUAAUUUGUGGUGUUUAUUCACUAACACAGUUUAAACUUUAGACCAAAAUUGCAACAUUGAAUAUAUUUCCCAAUGUUUAAAUUUGAUUAUCAUAUUUACUAGUUGAUUUUGGAAUCAAAUUAAUUAUUAAGGUCUUUCCAUGUGAAUAAACAGAUUUACAGGAACUCAGCGUCUUAUUCACAUGGUAAAGGGAGACUAGGUAGUGUUCAGGGUGAAUGGUACAAUUCUCCUGUAGAACAUACAUAUUCUUGUCAUUCUCGUGGUGAACUGGCAAUUUCUGUGGUUGAAUACAAACAUUCAGUUUGUCAGAGGCAGAUUCUCAGAGUUUAAUGGUGACUGGACAAAAGCUAAGAGGGACAGUAGUAUAAAACCCCUAAGCAGGCUCUUCCACUCCCUCUUUCUUUGCUGCUGCCUCCAGGUGAGCACUGACCAACUCAGAGUUGUCUCUGCUCUUGGUUGUUGUUUUAUCCUACAUGCUGCUUGUUUAUUUAAUCAGUCUAUUUGUUAGGUUUGUUUAGGCAGCUUAAUUGCUGGUUUUAUUUUAGGCAGGGUUCUUGCUGGAUUUGUUUUAACAGUUUGUCUGCUGGGUUUAUCUAGGCAGUCUAUUGCUGUGUUUAUCCAGGCAGUCUAUUGCUUGGUUUAGCUAGGCAGUCUAUUGCUGGGUUUAGCUAGGCAGUCUAUUGCUGGGUUUAGCUAGGCAGUCUAUUGCUGGGUUUAGCUAGGCAGUCUAUUGCUUGGUUUAUCUAGGCAGUCUAUUGCUGGGUUUAUCUAGGCAGUCUAUUGCUGGGUUUAGCUAGGCAGUCUAUUGCUGGGUUUAGCUAGGCAGUCUAUUGCUGUGUUUAGCUAGGCAGUCUAUUGCUGUGUUUAGCUAGGCAGUCUAUUGCUGUGUUUAGCUAGGCAGUCUAUUGCUGUGUUUAUCCAGGCAGUCUAUUGCUGGGUUUAUCCAGGCAGUCUAUUGCUGGGUUUAGCUAGGCAGUCUAUUGCUGGGUUUAGCUAGGCAGUCUAUUGCUGGGUUUAGCUAGGCAGUCUAUUGCUGUGUUUAGCUAGGCAGUCUAUUGCUGUGUUUAUCUAGGCAGUCUAGUGCUGGGUUUAGCUAGGCAGUCUAUUGCUGGGUUUAUCUAGGCAGUCUAUUGCUGGGUUUAUCCAGGCAGUCUAUUGCUGGGUUUAUCCAGGCAGUCUAUUGCCGGGUUUAGCUAGGCAGUCUAUUGCCGGGUUUAGCUAGGCAGUCUAUUGCCGGGUUUAGCUAGGCAGUCUAUUGCCGGUUUAGCUAGGCAGUCUAUUGCCGGGUUUAUCUAGGCAGUCUAUUGCCGGGUUUAUCUAGGCAGUCUAUUGCCGGGUUUAUCUAGGCAGUCUAUUGCUUUCAUGGAAUAUUUGGUCCAGGCGGUGCUCCGCCUCCCGAGGACCAAGAUGUCCAACUUCAAGGAAAAUACCAGGCAUAUGCUCCGCAACCCACGGGUCACACUUAGGGGCCCAACCCGGUCAAUUGACCGGCUAUUCGCCAUGGAAGCCAUACCUCCAGGAUCCGGUACUAUCAGCCGCUCCAACAUGACGCUUUCUCGGGUCUUUGGCCUGGUAUGACCGAAUCAUGUGUUUCGGACCCCAAGCAACUUCGGCCUAGACUCUGGAGUCUGGAGGAGGGACCUCUUCAUGCCAACUGCAUGGAACUACCUGCAGGUUUGUUCACCAUUCGCAGCUUCCCCAGGGGAAGUAGUAUUGCUCGCUACCUUCUGGCAUGGACUUAUCACCGGUUGCCCACUAUGGACUGCAGUCGGAUCUCACGUAGGAUCGCUAUCUAUAGCUUCUGGACAAGUAUUUGUCAUUUGUGACAGAAUGUCUGCGGGACAAGACACUCAUGUGGCGGACGGCUUCACCCGACCAUGGAGAGACCCCAAUGAUUGGUUGCCUCACCCUCCGGGGUCUCGAGUACUGGCAUUAUUACAUUCGGUUCGAACCGCCAUACAGAGCGGUUCUCCAGCUGGCUGCCGGACCCUCAUCGAGGUGAGGGACGCGUUUUCCAAGCUCGGUCUCCUUCGGAGCAUACGCUUCCCGUUUACCUACAGGAUACUUUGUUCUUUGCUUCAGACCAAAUUCCCGGAAGUGUCAUUUCGCCUGGCCACACCACUUCGGAGGAGUCCUCCGUGCUUUCCCCUUUUUGCUGGAGUUUGCCACGGGAAGGCAAUCUACAACUCCCUGUCUCUUAAUGUCCCGUGUGGGAUCCACAGGGGUAGCCUGCCACGACUGGUGUCUGGAGAGAUGUUUGGGUCCCUAUGGCGGUCCUUAUCAUGGCUGUCCCCAUUGUCUGGCUGAGUUGCCCUCUCAGGGUAGGAUCGUAUGGGGCCAUUCACGUCCUAUGUCAGCUAGUGGACGACGUUUUCUCAAGAUUCUGGCAUUGCUAAGGAUCUCUUGGUCUGCAGUCUACCAAGAGGAGUAUACCAUACAGGAGCCCUAUGUCUCGCUAUUCCUCAAUUCUAGUGGUAUCGUGUGUUCUGCAUUUCCUUGAGGAAUGACCUGAUGACAAGGACUUGCCUUGCACCAGUUUUUUCCGCUUACGGUUUCCCCCAGCACAUCUUGUAUUAAAUUGCGUUCUGUACAUCGGCUUCUGCUCCACACAUUUAAUUUCUAUUCAUCCUCUGUGUCGUACCCCUAUUCUCCGGAUAGGCCACGGCUCUGACAGGUUGUACACGACCAUGUAGAUCCAGGAUCUAGUUCUUUCGUCCGUCUACUUAUGGACAGCUGUUGAUUUCUGCGUACGGCCGUUUUGGACUGUUUCUGCAUCUUCGCUCGCCCGUUGGAUUUGGUGGAUCCUCUCAUUGGCUGACCUUCAAAGUUUCUCUGGGACACUUUUGGUUUGGGGUGCUGUCACCUCAACAACUUUGGAAGCCGUUGAGUAUCUUCUGCAUUUUCUCUACACCGCUGCUUGGUUUAGCGAUUUGGUUUUUCCAUUCUCCUUUUAUUUCAGUCCUCUAUCUCGUAAUCUUUACACACAGAGGACACAGAUACGCACAGAGUACAACUGACACACACACACACACACACACAUACACACACACACAUUUACAGUUGCACACAGAGGCCACUGACACACAUUUACACCCAGUGAACACUGACACACACAUUUACACCCAGUGAACACUGACACACACAUUUACGCACAGUGGAAACUGACGCACACAUUUACACACAGAGGACACUGACACACACAUUUACAGUUGCACACAGAGGACACUGACACACAUUUAUUUUAAAUUCUUGAUUUUUCAUGCCAGAGAAAUAAAACAUUUAUACCGGCUAUGCCACAACAGCGAAAUGCGAUUUUGCAACUUAGAUUUUCACGUGACAUGAUAAAAUGGCAUACAUUUUUUAACAUUAAACAUGUUUGAACAACAUAUAUCGAGAGGAAGGUUAGCAGGGGCCUAUGAGGCUUAGUAGGACAGAAAAAUGAAACUCGCUGUUGGUGGGGUGCCAGUUAUACUGGUUGGAUGAGGACCAGGGAGUUUACAGGUUAUAAUUAUAUCACUCAGGAGAAUUGGAGCAAAGUGUUCAGGGAGAACUAUGGACCUUGAUAAGGUAAUCUUGGAGGUGGUAAUACAGAUGGUGCUGUGUGUUUAGAUUAGCUUAAACACUUUGCUUCAUUAGGUACCCCUAACCUAGGGAGGUAGCGGGGGGGGCUGGGGGGUGUCUCGCCUAAUUGCAUCACUUUUUUAAGUAGAAGAGCUUAUGUAGUGGGCCCCUAUUAAGGUAAAUGGGGAACUAGUCAGAGGUGUUAACAGUGAUCGAAACAUGGCAUGGCAACAAAACUUGAACACUGACUGCAGCGGUAUGUUUUCUGCAUCUCUCGGAUAGGAUCGAUAGAGCUAGCACGACUUUCAGGUGUAGUCACGUGGCGGGGUGAUCUUUGGAUCCAGCUCUUGGGUUGAAUGGUGUGACAGUAGCGGGGUUCCAGGCCCCAACAGGAGUGGGGGUCGGAGGAGCGGAUGUCAUUAUAGCCAGUCCCAGGGAUGUGAGGAGUGAUGGUGCCUCGGCCAGAGAGGUGAAGGUGUGAGUUUGUCCGUGAUGGGUCACUAAGAGGGAUCCCGGUGCACCCCAUCAGUACCUCUCUUAGUUGUGCUGUAAGCGGUGCGAGUGUCCCGCGCCAUUGCAGGGUUGAUGUUGUCAGGUCCUGGUAAAAGGUCAGCUGUGAUUCUUCAAAUGACAGCGGCGUUUUGCUCCUCAGGGCUGCCAUGAUACGUCCCUUAUCUUGGGAUGUGGUGCAGCGCAGUAUGACAUCUCGGUCCGUAUUUGGUAAGGUCCUGGUAGGUACUGUGAUUCUAUACACUCCAUCCAUAGCUAUUUUCUUUGCCACGGCCGAGGGUAGGAUACUCGCCAACAGCCGUCUCACAUAAUGAGGCAGUUCGUCGGGUGAGACAGUGGCCAAUAUGCCACAGAUUUUGACGUUGUUGCGUCUGUAUUUAUCCUCGAGGGAGGUCAGCUGUAGGUAUAGUGCUUGGUGUGACUUGGUAAGCUGUUGUACCUCAGUUUGUACCUGUGAGAGGCCAGCAUGGAUGUCUACAAUGUCCUCUUCAGUGGUUCGCACUCUGUCAGUGGUGUUUUGCAUAUCUGACCUUAGUACUGCGAGUUCAGCUUCGAGCAACUUGUGGAAGUCGUGUAGCAGGACCUUCAAAUCGUGCUUAGUCGUGGGACUGGAGUCCUCCAUGGUCCCUGCCAGGACUUGUGGCGUGGGGAGAGUAUUGGCCCGCUCUUGUGAAUCCCGCCUGUUGCUCUGGUGGGGCUGCGGGGAUGUUCGCCGCAGGCGCCAUCUUAGGUUGCGCUUGUUUCUGGAGGAGAGCUCCGAUGUCUCGGUGAUCGGAUGGAGGGUUCGGCUUUUGGGAUCGCCGUCCCAUGGCAGGCAUCUGGGCCACUGGUUCAGGUUCUGGCGGUGGUCGGGCCAGGUAUGCAAGUUCCCAGUGGUCGUAAACUCUGCCGAGGAGGGUCCCCAAGUUCGGGGUCUCUCGUGUGGUGUAGGCCCCAGGCCUGCGUCUCCGCCUGGGCUGACACACAUUUACACACAGAGGACACUGACACACACACACACACAUUUACAGUUGCACACAGAAGACACUGACACACAUUUACACACAAAGAACUCUGACACACAAUUACACACAAAGAAUACUGACACACAUUUACACACAGAGAACACUGACAAAUAAACAUACAGGAAACUGACACACAUUUACACACAGAGGACACUGACACAGAGGACACUGACAAAUACACACACAGGCAACUGACACACUUACACACAAAGGACACUGACACACAUAUUUAAACACAGAGGACACUGACAGACACACUCACUGAUGUAAUGAACACUGACACACACACACACAGGCAGACACACACACAAUUUCACAGACAGGCACACACACACACACACUCAUUGACAGACACAUACAAAUUAUCAUAGCAGAGCAAAAGUGGAUCCUUUCCCUGGGGUCCAGUGUUGGGCUGCAGUCAUCUUUGUGCUUUUCCAGCAAGCACUGCUCCCUCUUGCACUGUUUAGUGAUGCCGAGGCAAAAGUGACAUUUUAAGCCAGCUCCCGGUUUCACCAAAGGGCGUGUGAGGGAGCAAUGCUGGAAGAUCUUAAACAGUACAGUUACCUCACCGCCUCUGUCUCCAUUACACGUACCACGGUUUGAGAUACUAGGAUGUAUAAUACAGAAAAAUUGUGCUGUAGAUAGUUAAUAUUAAAUAUCUGUGAAUUUUUGAGUGAGUACAAUGGUUCAUAAAUCUCAUGCAUUUUAUAAACAUUUAAAUCUGUGUUUUAAAGUCAGCAAUUUUAUUUAGCAUGCGCCUGCUGACAGCAGCUCUGAUAAACCUGUCUGAGACUCUGCAAAACCUUUGGCCCAACUUCUUAUCUUUCAACCAGUUUAACAGUUUAACAAUCUCUAUGAAACCUGGCCUGGUUUCAUUUUACACAGCUACGCAAUAUGUUAAAUUACUUUUUGUGGUCAUUUGGAGCCUUUAUAUAUUAUUGCAGAUGUAUUCUCAGACCUAAUACCACUAACGUGAGAAUUCAAAGUUAGGUGGAAAAUAUCAGCACUGAAACAAUUCUCUAAGCCAGCUUUGUUUUCAGUUCAGCUAUACUGGCUUUAAAUUUUAAAAUUCACUUUGCUUUUAAUUCUGAAUUCUCACCUUAGUAAAUAAUAAUGUGUAUAUUCAAUCUGUGGUAUUAUUCACAAUGAACAAUAAAUGGUAACAUUUCUGUUGUCAGUAUGCCACGUGGACAAAUGAUGCCACCCUGGGAGGAAUCGAGGGAUGUAUUUCCAGAAUAAAAGCUGCUGAUCCGAACUUUGGUAGGUGAAAAUGUUGUAACAUGGCCAUAGAAUACUUUUUCUAUAUAAAUAAUAAGGAAUAGAGAAAAUCUGCUAAUCAUCAAAUAGCAAUAAUUUGUUCGUAAAGUUACAUACACAUUCGUUUUCCCACAUCAAAGUAGAAAACAGCAAUAUUUUGGCACUAGAUGAAAACGAUAACAAGGUUAUUUUAAAACAAGUAAUGUUUCUUGAAGUUUAUUGAUCACAAUAGUUAAAAUAUUACUGUGGAUACUUGAAUCAUAUGUUGCUAGCAUGUUAUGGGUAUUAUCUCUUUUUGUCAAACUAUUUUUAAAUGAUUUCACCAAAGCCCAUUCAGUCUGUCACCAGUUUAAUCAUUGGGAAGAUGAAUUUCUUUAAUAUAUAGUUAAAAUAUUUAUAUGUAGUUUACACUACAGUUAAACUAUUCUAACAAAUUAUGCUAAAAUCGAAAACUAUUAAAAUUGUGUGCAUGGAAGUUUGCACACCAUUUAAAUUCUUAGUUCUAAAAGCAUGAAAUAAUUAUUUUACAUUCAUGUCUUGCAUAAUCCAUAAUCCUAUAUAUUUUUGCAUCAUGAACAUUGGAAUCUUUUUAAACCAGUUCCAGUUGUAAUAAAUAUAACACUUGUCUAUUCUUUCUAGAAACAUGAACACACAUCAUAAUAAUAAUAAUAAUAAUAAUAAACCUUGUCAUUUGAAUCACUUUAUUGUUCUACGCAGUUAUGGGGCACGUUCUACACAAUGGUUUGGAGCUGAUUGGAACCGGUCGUUCGGCGUUGAUUGACAAGGAUCUGGCUAGUUCAUUAACGAUAAUGAGUGAACUUUCAAAGUCACAGACGUUGACUGAUAGGGAGAAGUUGCAUGUUGCUGCCAUACAGACAUUCGCAAAAGGGUAACUUGUAAAAUGUAAUGAAGUGUUUUCCAUGUUUGUCUUUUCUUUUUUAUCGUUUUGUAUUGCAAAGAAGUCUAAAUACUGUAAGAAAGCAUUUAUUCUAUAUAGAACAUUAUGAAAAUGUGUAAAAACAUAAACUAGAGACUGGGCAGAUGUUAGGUUCAUACCCAAAUACUAUUAGCGGUCCAUGAUUAGGCAGAAAAGGGCUAAGUAAGUUAUAAGAGCUUCUAAAUCACACACAGAAGAGAAAAUCACACAGUCUGUAAAAAAAGGGACUAAAAAAGGGACUAAUUAUUUUAAAAUUUAUUUUAAUUUUUUUUUUUUAGAUACAUAAAUGAGAAAUGGAAAGUAAAACAAGGAUUAGUUAGAUUAAAAACAAAAGAAGAAAGGUAUGUAGAGGAUAAAGGUCUAUCUGACUGCCUCAAUUAAUAUUUUUGUUCAGUAUUUACAGAUGAAAAUGAAGGAAAGGGACCUCAGUUGGGGAAAAAAGGACAAAUGAGUCAUGUGUUACAAGUAAAGACAAAUAAGUCAAUGGGGCCUGAUGGAAUACACCCAAAGUUAUUAAAAGAGCUUAGUGGUGUACUAGUUAAACCAUUAACAGAUUUAUUUGAUGAAUCAUUUUUAACAGGAGUAGUCCCGGAAGUUAGCGAAUGUUGUGCCCAUUCACAAGAAAGGUAGUAGGGAGGAGUCGGGCAACUAUAGGCCAGUAAGCCUUACUUCAGUAGUGGGGAAAAAUCACAUGGAUUUCAAGAUCAGAGACAACAUGGUUUUCUUCAGGGAGAUCAUGCCAAACUAAUCUUAUUGAUUUUUUUUUGAUUGGGUAACUAAAAUAAUAGAUCAGGGUGGUGCAGUAGACAUAGCCUACCUAGAUUUCCGUAAAGGCUUUUGACACUGUUGCACAUAGAAGGCUUAUCAAUAAACUGCAAUCUUUAAGUUUGGAUUCCAAUAUUGUUGUAUGGGUAAGGCAGUGGCUGAGUGACAGGCAACAGAGGGUUGUAGUCAAUGAAGUAUAUUCCAAGCAAGGUCUAGUUACCAGUGGGGUACCUCAGUGAUCUGUACUUGGACCCAUUCUCUUUAAUAUUUUUUUUAGUGGUAUUGCAGAAGGUCUUGAUGGUAAGGUAUGUCUUUUUGCUGAUGGUACUAAGAUAUGUAACAGGGUUGAUGUUCCAGGAGGGAUAAGUCAAAUGGCAAAUGAUUUAGGUAAACUAGAAAAAUGGUCAGAGUUGUGGCAGCUGACAUUUAACUUGGAUAAGUGCAAGAUCUUGGACGUAAAACCCAAGGGCAGAGUACAGAAUAUUUUAUUGAGUCCUAACUUCAACAUCUGAGGAAAAUGAUUUAGGGGUAAUUAUUUUAGAUGACUUAAAGGUAGGCAGACAAUGUAAUCGAGCAGCAGAAAAUGCUAGCAGAAUGCUUGGUUGUAUAGGGAGAGGUAUUAGCAGUAGAAAUAGGGAAGUGCUCAUGCCAUUGCACAGAACACUGGUGAGACCUCACUUGGAGUAUUGUACACAGUACUGGAGAUCGUAUCUUCAGAAGGAUAUUGAUACCUUAGAGAGAGUUCAGAGAAGGGCUACUAAAAUGGUUCAUGGAUUGCGGGAUAAAAACUUACCAGGAAAGGUUAAAGGAUCUUAACAAGUAUAGCUUGGAGGAAAGACGAGACAGGGGGGAUAUGAUAGAAACAUUUAAAUACAUAAAGGGAAUCAACACAGUAAAGGAGGAGACUAUAUUUAAAAGAAGAAAAACUACCACAACAAGAGGACAUAGUCUUAAAUUAGAGGGGCAAAGGUUUAAAAAUAAUAUCAGGAAGUAUUACUUUACUGAGAGGGUAGUGGAUGCAUGGAAUAGCCUUCCAGCUGAAGUGGUAGAGGUUAACACAGUAAAGGAGUUUAAGCAUGCGUGGGAUAGGCAUAAGGCUAUCCUAGCUAUAAGAUAAGGCCAGGGACCAAUGAAAGUAUUUAGAAAAUUGGGCAGACUAGAUGGGCCGAAUGGUUCUUAUCUGCCGUCACAUUCUAUGUUUCUAUGAUUCCGAACGCACAAUUAAAUAAAUUAAAGAUACUAAUAAGAGAAUUAAGUAAUGCAAAUAGCAUUACCUAAAUAGAUUCAGUAGUUUGAGGAGGCUGUUGUGUAUAGGGGUAUUUAUCCCAUGUGGUUAAUGAUUUGUUACUCGGUUGAUAAACAUCCUUUUUUUUUUUUUUUUUUUUUUGAGGUGUAAACACCCUGUCCCAGACUGGAACUUUCAGUUGUUUUACUGGAUGUCCAAUCUGGGACUUGGUAAGAUACUUGUAAUGUGUUAUUAACUAUUUAAAGCAGGAUGGAGUGUGAUCUUCUAUAAGACAUGGCAGGGAGUGAGAUGUGCAGAAUGAAAGUGAUUCUCCCGAUCUACAGAAACUGAGAACAUUCUGUCUAAAACAUCAUUUUUACUGUUUGUAAAGUUAAAACUAUUCUUGAAUAAAUCAUGCACAUUUUUGUUAGGCUUUCUUUCCAUAGCCACCUUUAUUGUUAUAACAUCUGUAUAUUUUUAAAUGUCUGCUCUGACUGCUAGCUGAUAUCUUGUUUGCUUUUUCUUCUAGAAACCUCCCUAAGACGACUGAUCUCUGGGAGGCGAUUUUAUUGACGCACCCAACAGAUCUCUUAGCCAUAAAGUUUGUUCAUGAUACAUAUUUCUAUCUGGGAUACAGAACACAAAUGAGAGAUUCUGUAGCCCGCGUCCUUCCGUACUGGACCCCUAAAGAUCCUUUGUGCAGGUAGGUAAACCUUUCACGAUUUCUUCCACCGGCAAUGUACCUGCUCACUUUUAUUAUCUUUUCAACAAUAAAAAUAUUCACAUUAUUAUUAGUAUUUAUCAAGUGACCGCCUAUUCUGUAGCGCAGUACAAUUAAGGCAAAGAACAGAACAAUAUACAUGGACAAACGCAAAAGGUAGAGUCUGCCGUGAGCUGAGAGCUAGUAAUCAAAGCACUUUUAUACAAAGUAAUUGGUUAGAUAUUCGCAGGUUACAAUCUAAAGGUUUACAACAGGGAGUUGAGGCAGCAAGCGGGGGGAUUUGAUGAAGAUGGCCAAAUAGAUUUAAAUGAAAUUUGCAGCCACUGUUAAGAUGUAAAAGGAAAUGAGAAAGUAAUUAAGCAAGAUAUCAAGUAGCUGGAGAUGCGUGCUAUAAAGUCAUCAUAAUAUUAACAAUUGAUAAUAAUAUGUGACAUUAUUUAAAGGAAGGAUAGUUUAUGGGUCCAGAUUUAUUCAUUUCCUGGUAUUACAAUCCAUGCCUUGCACAUUCAUGUUAUGUACUGCCCCUCUCCAGUCCAUAAUGAAUGUCUCUGUGGGACUCCUAUAACUUACAACUGUCAAACUUUACCCCUCUGUCGGUCUCUGUAGUUGCUUCCUGCUUAGUUUAGGAUUUGAUUCAAAGUUCUCAUGCUUACCUACAAAGCUCUCCAUAAUUCUCCACCUGCUUAGCAGAUAUUCUCCAGCUUGGCCUCUUUGUUACGCCGAUGACGUGUUACUGUCCUGUUCUCGUACCCACACCCCAAACACUCGUCUGCAAGUAUUCUCUCAGGCUGCUCCUUCCUAAUGGAAUACCCUCCUGCAGGACAUCCAGCUGUCCCCAGCUCUGCAGUCCUUAAAAAAUCCCUAAAAAUACACUUGUUUAGAAAAGCUCAUCUGUUCUCCUCUACUAAUUUUUAACAACCUUUGUCUGCUGUCUCCCAUCUACUGUGCCUCCUCCCAAACACCCCUCCAUGCCUUUAGGAGGGGUGUAUUUGUCCAUCAUCCUUUUAGAUUGUAAGCUUGUUUGGUCAAAGACCCUCUUAUCUAUCUAGGUAUGUUGAACAUUUUUUUUUUUUUGUUAGACUUAAUGGUUUGUCUUGUUUCACCUAUUGUGCAGUGCGGUAGAAUAUGUUGGCAUUAUAUAAAUAUUUAUACUGGCUUAAGGCAGUAGAAUGCGUAAUUUCAGUUGGGGAGCUUUGGCCUCAAAUUUGAAAUUCACUUUGGAUUCUGUACAAUUGUUAUUUUUAUGAACAACCUGGAAUGUGUGCCCCUGGCCAUUGAGACCUGGAGUUGGACAUUCUUGAUCUAAAAGUACUCUUUGUGGCCAAUUUCUAGUCCUGCGGCUGCUGUGGAUUGUAAUCUGAAACACGAUAAUGAGCUGACUCCUAUGCCUUCUUAUUGGCUAGUGAACCUGUCUUUUCAUAUCUAGAAAAGUAGUCCUCCUUCUUCCACAUCACCGUCUGUACCCAGCAUCUAUGGCGAAGUUGCUGACAUCACUGUCUUAUUAUAUUGGCUGUAACUUUACUUAUCCUUUACCCUACGUUCCCGGGUGCUCUGAAAACCGCUGGGUUUCACGUCCUGUUUCUAAUCGCUGGUACCACAGCGUCAAGCCAUAGUAAUGCGCCCAGGAGGUAGGUUAGACUGCUUCCUAACUUUAGGCACAUAUCUGAGCGAGCUGUUUGGACACCUUGAGGGGAUUGUACAGCUUGAAAUGUUGCUCUUUAAUUUGUGGACAUGAUGGAAAAACAUCUGUAUGGAGGAUGUCCCGUUUAAUCUUCUAGUAUGCUUGUGUUUACAGACCUGCUCACUCAUGGAUUGUGUGAACUUUAGUCAAAUCUCACUUGGCAGAGGCAGAAUUGCUGUACACUCUUGGAUACUCCAGUUAACGGUGUAUUUCAUUCGUUUUAAUGAGCUCUAUUAAUUGUAUCCACUGGAAAGGCGGACUGCACUCAGAGCCGUGUUACUCUGUUCCUUUUCCAGUUACAUCAGAGGCAUGCACUCUUUUGGGCUUCUUGAAACAAACUUUUAUGACGAAGCUCUGAAGGUGGCCAGUGAGGUAAUAAUAAAAGCCAUCUGUUCGUUUAUUAAUGUGAAUUUAUAGUUGUUUUGCUCUUCUUAUGCUGUUGAGUUACAUAAUUCUAUGUAUGUUCCAAUCAAAAUAAAUUCUGCAUUAUUAAUUUACCGUAUAUUUUGGCAUAGAAGUUUGGUGACGCUUAUUGUCUACAUUUUCAAUAUAAGGGAUUGUUUGCUGAACAUUAAUUUCUAGCAAAGAUUAUCAGCAAUUGUUUAAAUUUAAAUUUAACAUAAUUUCAAGCUGGUUUCAAGAAUCAAGUAUUUCACAAAAUGACCAUUGUGCCAAAUUUACAUGUUUUUGUGUACAAAUUAAGUAGUUUAAUUUUAAUACUCUUUGUGUGUACUAUAUUAUUGUUUUAUAUUUCACAUUUAGUUCUUAGACUAUUAAAGGAUCACUAUAGGGUCAGGAACACAAACAUAUAUUUCUGGCCCUAUAGUGUUAAGACGACCAUCUAUCCCCCCUGAUCCCCUCUUGCCACCCUAAAUAUAGUAAAAUCUUACUUGUAUUCAAGUCUGGAGCUGCUGCCUCUGUCUGUAAACUGCUGACAUCAUCAGAAGUGGUGGUCUGAGCCAAUCAUAAUACUUUCCCAUAGGAUUGGCUGAGACUGUCAAGGAGGCAGAUCAGGGGCAGAGCCAGCACAAGUCAAACACAGUCCUGGCCAAUCAGCAUCUCCUCAUAGAGAUACAUUGAAUCAAUGCAUCUCUAUGAGGAAAGUUCUGCGUGGAGACACUAAAUGGCAGUCACAAUGUGCAGCACUGCCUCAGGAAGUGCCUCUAGCAGCCAUCUGAGGAGUGCCCAGUGAAGUUAUCACUAGGAUGUAAUGUAAACACUGCAUUUUCUCUUAAAAGACAGUGUCUACAGCAAAAAGCCUGAAGGGAAUGAUUCUUCUCACUAUAACGAAUGCUAUAAGCUAUAGUUGCUCUGGUGACUAUAGUGUCCCUUUAAGCCUAUCAUGUGAGGUUAGUUUUCAGAAAUAAUAUUGAAAUUAAACUUUUAUUCGUUUUAUUUUAACCCCCCCCUCCCCCCCCAGUUACAAUAAUCUCUAUUCUUUAUUGCUGCCCCCCAAGUGGCCCUGCAUGAUCUUGCAGUUCGUGUUUCACUCACUAAUCCAGCAUUUUCUGAACAAUGAUUAGUGGAUUAUAUAGUCAAUAGGGGUAAGCCUCAUCACAUGCAUUUUAAAAAGAAAAUAUGUAAUUGCCCCCUAGAUUUGCCAUGUCCUUAAAUAGACUUUGUCAAACAACCAUAUAAAGUAUAUCCGAUUUAAUAGAAGUAAAUAAACACUUUUAUUAAAAGUAAAUAACUUUGGGACCCAAAUUUCAUAUGGUUUCUUUUUUUAAUUGCAAUUUUCUCCUCCAUGUCACUUGCUGAUGUAGGCUUUGGCCGUGAACCAGAAGGAUUCCUGGUCGGUCCAUACCAUUGCUCACGUCCACGAGAUGAAGGCAGAUGUAGAGAAUGGGCUGUCCUUCAUGCAGAAGACAGAAAGGAACUGGAAUGUAAGACUGAAUGUGUUCUCUGAUUAUACACCUGUAAUAUAAUGCAGCACGUUGAUGGUAACAUUUAAAGCUGUACACAUUGUCUUGCAGGGGAGCGACAUGCUGGCUUGUCAUGUCUACUGGCACUGGGCGCUGUAUCUCAUUGAAAAGGUUUGCAUGUGGCUCUGCAAUCUUCCUGGAAUACUGUAUUUUAUUAUAGUUCUAUAAAUACAUAUAUUCUUUAGUAAAUAACUGUGAUUGUAACAGUUUAAUUUAAACUAAGAAUUGUCAGUAAUUCAAAGUCAAUUCCUAAUUUAAGCUCUAAAUGACCGAACUCAAAGCAUUGACUUGGACAUGUUUUCCAGUUCGGUUAUUUUAACCUUAAAUUUGAAACUCUCUUUGAAUUCUCCACAAUUCUCACUUUAAUGAAUAACCUUGAAUAUGUUCAAUAGUAUAAACAUUAUAAAUAUUAUGAGGAUAAAUUACCGUGGCAGCUGAAAUGGGACUUAAAGGACAACUGUCACCGUAACACUAUUUUUUAUAUAUUGAUUAUUUCAUCUGAAAUACUGAUAGGAAAUAGAUUCUGUGUUAAAUGAACGAUAUGUAGAAACCUGAUAAGUACUCAUCCCAACCUUUAGUACACGACAGGAUCCUUCAGCCAUAUACACACACCUUGGGUCAGACCGUGAUUGAAAACCUCAAUAUAGUCUCUAUGGUAUAUCCUGCUACACUGCCUGCACAGAGUCCUCAGACCGACUGUCAAAUUCAUACACUGUCUGACCCAAGCUGUAUAUGGCUGAAGGAUCCUGUCAUAUACUAAAGGGAGAGAUGAGUUUUUCAUUCCUUUAACAAAGAAUCCAUUUUCUUUCAAAAUAUGAUGGAAAAUUUAUUAUAUAAAAAAAAAUGUAUAAGUACUUUCAUUUAUAAUAUAGGGUUUAUUCACUGAAUGGCAAUUUAUGGCACAUUGCAAAAUAUGGACCGAAUCAGCAAAUCUGAAAAAUGCAACUGAUAUAAUUUUUCUGAGUAAUUUGUACUGAAGUCAACUCACCGUUCAGUGAAUAAGUGCGUUAGACUGACAAUCUGAGGUUUAUAACAUAAUCCAUAUAUUCAUAUCUCGCCCUGACCGCUUUCUUUCAGGGUGAAUAUGAGGCUGCACUAACUCUGUAUGACAAGCAUGUAAGUACCCCUAAACCACUGCAGCUCUGAUUAAAGGUAAUUACAAUAGUUUCAUUUUGAAAAUGUAUACACCCUGUCCAAUCCCUUGGUGCUUAUUUAAUAAAUAUUAUUUUUUUCUUUUUGUUAUUGCAUACUCAAACCUGCUGACAGAACUGUAUUUAGCUCACCCACAUCCUUUGUAGCGUUAUAUACCUCAUGGCCAAAUCCCUGACUUCAACGUUUAUAAAAUAUGUUUCCUUUUCUAAUAUCCCCACUGAGUAGAUGAUAUCAGAGUCCAGGCAGGUGGCUGCCAUGCCUGGCCUGAUAAACUACUUGGCACCUUCUAAUCUUCCUCGUAUCACUUCAUUCCUGUGCACUCUGCAUUGCUUAAUGUUGCACGUGCAUUUAUAAAGCAUGUUGUUGUUUUUUGUUUGUUGUUUGAUUUUUGUUUUUUAUUAAAAGACUAUUGUUUUAAAAAUCGCACUUUUUCUAUGUCCACUGUUUUUCUUUAAUAUUUUUUUGUUGUAUGUGCUCCCCAUCUUAUUAAUAAAAAAUCACGUUUAAACUCCCAGUCUCAAUCUCCCCUCGCUGAAACCAUGAAUCAUGAUGAAUGCUGUCCUAUUAAAUACUUUCAUAGACAAGCAUUGAGGAAGCACAUCUAUCUCUGCGAUUCGCCAAUCCUACGCUUCUGGCAGCAGCGUACUUUAUAUACACGGAAACUGUGCAUAAAUUAUAUUCGAUUGCUAAACUGUUUUAGUCCAAAGCUCCUAGUGAUUGUUUGACUGACCUACAGACUUGGAAAUUGCAAAAAAAACCAUACUGAUUUGAAAUGUGGAACACAGGGGCAGCAUCUACGAACCCAAUUCAUCUCAUAAAGAAAAAGUGACAAUAAAACUGCCAGUCAAUGAAUCAUGCUUUCCUUUCCUCAGAUUGCACCUUCUUGUUUAACGAGUGAGAGUAUGCUGGAUAUUGUAGAUAAUACAUCGAUGUUGUACAGACUUCAGAUGGAAGGUAAGACAUUGUGAAACCAACGUUACGUCUAAAGCUGCAUAACUGUUCUAGAGUAACUAUUAAAAUGAUAAUACCACAUCCUGUCCUUACACGGGAGCUUUGGGUGCAUCAAGGAAUCAUCUAUGUUCAUUCUGAGCUGCCUAAUAGGGACAAGAAAACUGAUUUCGCACUUAGGAAGCAAGUGUAAAAUAUGCAGUUGAGAAAUAUAGUCAUCAGAUUAACAACAAUUAUGAUCUGAUUGGAUAUUUAACUUGGAAACGUUAUAUUUAGCUUCUCUUUAUUUUACUUAAUUAUGUUCUGGUGCCUACAUUGUUUUUUUUCCAAGUAAUAGUAUAAUAUAAACCUUUACAAGCAAAUGAAUGUAAAGUGUAAAGCAUCUUAUAUUGUUUGGGUGAAUGGACGUUUACUGGUAAUGUGAGACCCAGGCAACUCCCAUAUAACUGCUGUAGUAGGAGAGUAAUAUGAUCGAUAUAACAAUGAAUGGACCAUUGAAUGAAUUUAGUUUGACACCAUUCAUUAAAUGACUGUUGUGAGUGAAUGAAUAUCUCCCUGAAGGGGGUUGCUGUGACGGCUGCCUUUUGGAUGCAUUCAUUUCCAUAAAGAUAAAUGGUCGUCCGAAAUUUAUUAACUAAGCAAAACAUUUUAUUGAAUUUUAGAACAACUGCAUAGCUGUAACAAUAGGUUGCUGCCGAACUAAAUUUUGGGGGAAUAAACCAAAACAAUUUAAUUUUUUUUUUCUGUACAUAUCUCUACUGUUUAUUCCCCUCCAGGUGUGGAUGUGGGAGACAGGUGGAACAAAAUCCUAAACAUUACAAAGAAGCACACCAAUGAUCAUGUUCUGAUUUUCAACGACCUUCACUUCCUUAUGUCCUCCUUGGGCUCAAAGGAUCAUGGGAUGACGAACCAACUUAUGGAAUCCUUACAGGAAGUGGCCAAGUGAGUGAGCACAUUUAGCUACACGUUCUUGGCUAAUAAGGCAUGCAGCUCUUCCUUUACCUCAUUUUAUUUCCAGAUCUCCAGGAGAAAACCACCAGCAUGUACUAACCAACCGGCUGGGUUUCCCGCUGUGCCAGGCAUUGAUUGAGUUUGAUGCUGGGAAUUAUGACAAGGUGGUAGACCUGCUGCAUCCAAUCCGAUACCAGAUCCCUGAUAUAGGAGGAAGCCAUGCGCAGGUAAUGACCUGAAAUGGACCUUUUUAGUUAUAACGGUUUGCGUUUACUACUACAAACAACUUAACUUGAAAAUGUACAGGACAAUGUGAUUAGACUUAUCAGACACCAAACCAGACACAAAGGGAUACCACUGGGACUUGCCUGUUAGAUUAAUAAACUCUGUCCACACUCAGUUAACGGGAGAGUACACCUGUGUACACAAGUGCUGCAUAUUUAAUUUGUCGAUAUAUCUGGUUGAAAUAGGUUUUUAUUUAUACACCUGUAGUGUUAAAGUCUGGGUUAUUAAUUAGAGUUAAAAGUCAAGGUCAAAGUAGGUGAAGUGGAAGCAUAGCUGACAGACGAGGUUUCCAAUUCAGCCAUUUACCUUGAAUUUGAAAUUCACUUUCAAUUCGCACAGUAAUGGAUAAACCCGUAUAUAUUUUUUUCCUUUUUCUUAUCAAUGAUUCAGAGGAAUUUAAGCUCAAUUAUGCUUAAACCUAAGGAGAACUCUUUGCAGCCUUUUACUGAAUUUGUUAAAACUUCCCAUGCUCACUUAAAGGGACACUACAGGCACCCAGACCACUUCUGCCAACUCCCAUCACCCAUAACCCUGCAAGUGUAGUUAUUGCAGUUUUUAUAAACUGCAAUAAUUACCUUGCAGGGUUAAGUCCUUCUCUAGUGGCUGACGUCGGUGGGGGAGCAGUGUGGGUGGAGCCUGACCCAGCGCCGUGGGACAUCGGCACUGGAUUCAGGUAAGUCACUGAUGGAGUUUUAACCCCUUCAGCAAUGGGAUGGGUGGAAGGGAGGGGGCACUGCAGGAACCUGCAGUGCCAGGAAAACAGAUCUGUUUUUUGGCACUGGAGAGUCCCUUUGAGGUACCUUUUUUUUACUAUUUCAUUAAAGAGUUGGUAUAUCUUUCUGUCUGUAACUGUAUCCAUUCCUUCCCCAGACAACAAAGGCUAUUAGAGGAUAAAUAAUAUAUCAUGUGUCAACCUUUUUCAACCUAUAUUACUAUGUACUAUAUCAGGGCUCAAUAUUCCAACUGUCCCACCAGUGGAAAGCCAACCCUGGAGAGUGGAAGUAUGGUUUAGGUUCCCCUUUCUUCACUGCCCGGCUCAUGACUACCAGGCCUGCUUAGUAGCAUAGUACUUUAAAUUGUGAGCCAUAAUGUAUAUUUUAUUUAUUUAUUGUUAGAGAGACAUCUUCAACCAACUCCUGAUUCAUGCAGCUCUCAACAGUAAAUCCAAACCUCAUCGGAAUUUAGCCAGGUAUUUACCUCUUAGUUAAUCCUUUUUCGUUCCAUUCGUUGUCAACAAUGAAGAAUCUAAUUUUAAAAAAGACAUCUUCUGUGGUAUUUUGGAAAUAAAAACAUUUAUUUUUCAGAGAGCAUAUAUCCCUAAUUCUUUUUUUCUUUUUUUGUCCUGCAACAGAUGCCUGUUAAUAGAAAGAGAUAUUUUGAGACCAAAUUCGCCUUUGACUGAGAGACUAAUGAGAAAGACCACUGCUGUCCACAAUCUGGCGUGAACACGAUUUGUACCAGCAAUUUAUUCUUCCACAACGUAUUCUGACAAAUCCGAGUAACAGAAAAAGAGAUGAUUAUUUUAAAUGUUAUCCGAAAAAGUGCUCCCGAAAAAGUGCUAAUCUGUUCAUUCUUAGCAAAAAUAGUGUAAAGGACUUCAAGCUAGCCUUGGUUUCCUAUGGCUAUAGUACACAUUCCGCACAUCAUCAGACAAGUCAAACACAACAGUUUCUUUGCACUGUAUAGUUAAAUACUUGAAUAGUAGAAUAUGAAUGGCAGAAAUCCUAGGUUGUGAUUGCCUUGGGUUACAUGUCCUCAGUAGUCUAUUAUUCGCUUUAUCGCUAAAUCUCUGAGGGUUUAGAUCAUGGAACUCUAUCACUGGAUACCCUACAUCCCAGAGAAUUCUUUGAAUGCAGUAGAUGUCUAGAGAAUAAUGGGCGUUUUAGUUCAGCAAUAUCUGGGCAGCCAGAUAUUGAGGUGCCUGGUUCAGGUAGUGUGAUCCAAUUUCACCUUCACCGUAAAACACACUGAAAGCUUCAAAUAAUACUCAAUGCCACAUUACUUCAGAUAAGUUAUAUUAAUGUAAUCAAACUCUUCAGGAAAUAUAAUUUUUAAAUUAUUUAUACAAAAAGGUUCCUGUGACAGAGACACUUUAAAAAAUAGCCACAUACAUAAGAAGCUGGCUUCCAAAAUAUAAUGAUAAAUCCACAAUCAUGCGGCCAUCUCCCAUCAAGAGCUUCAGACAUCUAUCACUAAUACUAAUUCUGCCCUUGCCUUUUGUGUCACUAUACCCCACUCCCUCUAACAUGUAAGCUCACUGAGCAGGCCCUCAAUCCCUCUGUUACUGUGUCACUAUACCCCACUCCCUCUAACAUGUAAACUCACUGAGCAGGGUCA